AAAAAAGCUUUUCUUUCCCCACUUUCAUUUUAGUCCUUUCUUCCCAUUAGCUUAUGCCUUCUUGUUCUUCAUCUCUUUCUUCGUUUUCAUCUUAUUUUCUUCCAAGGAUCUACUGCCCCCUUCCCCAAAAUCCCGUGAAAACUAGCCUCCUCAUCUCAGUUGGAGUUGGAUUGGAAAGUUCGAUUGAGACGGAAACUAGUACAAUUUUGUCGAGGAAAAAUCCUUAGAUUCGAUAGACUUAGAAGCUGAAUUGAUUCAAAUUGAAUUAUGCGGCUUCCUUGUUGUACAGUGUGUCAAAAUCGAUACAACGAGGAUGAGCGGUGCCCUUUGUUACUGCAAUGCGGCCAUGGCUUCUGCAAGGACUGCCUCUCUAAAAUGUUCUCUGCGUCCCUGGAAACCACCCUUUCUUGCCCCAGAUGCCGCCACAUCUCCACCAUCGGCAACUCUGUCACUGCCUUGAAGAAGAACUAUGCGAUCCUUGCGUUGAUCAACGACUCUUCGGCCUCUGUGACGGCCGCCAGCAACUAUUUCAGCGAGGAGGAGGAGGAGGAUGAGGAUGAUGAUGACAUGGAUGAACGGGGUGGGAAACUCUUCUCUUUUGGCACCAGUAAUACUAAUCAUAGUAGCUAUAAUCACGAUGAUGAGGUGGAUGACGAAGUAGCGGCAGCAAGAAGGCGGCGAAGGGGGGCCCACGCUGCCACCAGCUGCGGAAGUGGGCGGAUUGAGGUGGGGAUGCAUCAAGGGCUGAAGUUACUGAGGAGGAUUGAGGGGAAUGGGAAUAGGAUUAAUGGGGUUAGUACUAGUAGGAGGAGUGCGGUGGUGGAAACGUGGGCGGCGGUGAUGGUUGGGAGCAAUGGUAAAUGCCGGCAUAAAGUGGCAGUGAAAAAGCUGGCAGUGGGGGAGGAGAUGGAUAUAGUUUGGGUUCAGGGGAAACUGGAUGGGCUGAGAAAAACCUCAAUGUGGUGCCGGAAUGUGUGUGCGUUUCACGGUGCAACCAGGAUGGAAGAUGGGAGUUUGGGUUUAGUAAUGGAUAGGUGUAAAGGGUCGGUGCAGACUGAGAUGCAGAGGAACGAAGGCCGCCUCACUCUUGAACAAAUCCUUAGGUACGGGGCAGACAUUGCUCGUGGUGUGGCUGAGCUGCAUGCAGCUGGCAUUGUUUGUAUGAAUAUCAAAUCAUCCAAUCUUCUUCUGGACUCAAAUGGUCAUGCUGUUGUUUCUGAUUAUGGGCUUCCAGCAAUUCUUAAAAUGCCUGCAUGUAGGAAAGCUCGAUCAGAGGGUGAGUCUGCAAGGGUGCAUUCAUGCAUGGAUUGCACAAUGCUUAGCCCAAAUUAUACUGCUCCUGAGGCAUGGGAGCCUGUGAAGAAAUCACUUAAUCCCUUUUGGGAUGAUGCAAUUGGCAUUUCUCCAGAAUCAGAUGCCUGGAGCUUUGGUUGUACAUUGGUGGAAAUGUGCACUGGUUCUAUCCCGUGGGCUGGGUUAAGUGCAGAGGAAAUAUAUAGAGCAGUUGUGAAGGCACGGAAGCAACCUCCUCAAUAUGCAAGUGUUGUAGGUGUUGGCAUUCCAAGGGAAUUAUGGAAGAUGAUCGGUGAAUGCUUACAGUUUCGGCCAUCUAGAAGACCAACUUUUAGUGCAAUGUUAGCAACAUUUCUUCAUCAUUUGCAAGAGAUACCUCGCAGUCCUCCUGCAAGCCCUGAAAACUUAUUGUCAACUCAGAUCUGUAUGGUCAAUUUGAUAUGUAGUGACUUGGCAAAAUAUCCAAUGGCAAAUGGAAUGAAAUCGUCUAAUUUAAUUGACUUGGAUCUUCACCAAGAUAACACUAACCUUCUUCACCGGCUUGUCUCUGAAGGCGAUCUAAAUGGUGUCCGAGAGUUGCUUGCCAGGUCUGCAUCAGGACAGAAUGGUAGUUUGUUAUGUUCUUUACUAGAAGCACAGAAUUCUGAUGGUCAGACUGCUCUUCACCUGGCUUGUAGACGGGGUAGUGUGGAACUUGUUGAGGCAAUUUUGGAGUACAAAGAGGCUAAUGUAGAUGUUCUAGACAAAGAUGGUGAUCCUCCGCUGGUGUUUGCAUUAGCUGCUGGAUCACCUGAAUGUGUCCAUGCUCUCAUCCAGAAGAAUGCUAAUGUCAAAUCUGUACUGAGGGAAGGCCUUGGACCAUCAGUUGCCCAUGUUUGUGCCUAUCAUGGCCAACCACAGUGUAUGCGAGAGUUAUUAUUGGCUGGGGCUAAUCCAAAUGCAGUAGAUGAUGAGGGUGAAUCUGUACUUCAUAGAGCUGUUGCCAAGAAAUAUACGGAGUGUGCUAUUGUGAUAUUGGAAAAUGGAGGAUGUAAAUCAAUGAGUUUUCAGAACUCAAAAGAUUUGACACCACUGCAUUUAUGCAUAAUGACGUGGAAUGUAGCAAUUGUCAAAAGAUGGGUGGAGCUUGCAUCCAGGGAAGAGAUUGCUGAUGCCAUUGAUAUUCCAAGCCGUGUUGGGACUGCUUUAUGCAUGGCUGCUGCCCUGAAAAAAGAACAUGAAGCUGCAGCAGGGAGAGAACUUGUACGGAUACUGCUAGCUGCUGGAGCAGAUCCAACAGCUGAAGACAACCAACAUGGAAGAACAGCUCUGCAUACUGCAGCUAUGAUUAAUGAUGUUCAGUUGGUCAAGGUAAUUCUUGAUGAUGGAGUUGAUGUAAACAUCAGGAACAUGCACAAUACGAUACCUCUCCAUGUUGCAUUGGCUAGAGGUGCAAAAUCAUGUGUUGGAUUGCUUUUAUCUGCUGGGGCAAAUUGUAAUCUGCAGGAUGAUGAUGGUGACAAUGCCUUCCAUAUAGCAGCUGAUGUAGCAAAGAUGAUACGUGAAAAUCUUGAGUGGAUCAUUGUAAUGCUUAGGUAUCCUGACGCUGCUGUCGAAGCCAGGAAUCAUAGUGGUAAGACAUUAUGCGACUACUUGGAGGCUCUUCCGAGAGAAUGGAUUUCUGAGGAUUUGAUGGAGGCACUGAUGGAGAAAGGAGUACAUUUGUCUCCCACAAUUUAUCAAGUUGGAGAUUGGGUAAAAUUCAAGAGAAGCGUUACAGCUCCUACAUAUGGGUGGCAAGGAGCUAAACAUAAAAGUGUUGGUUUUGUGCAAAAUGUCCCAGAUAAGGACAAUCUCAUUGUGUCAUUUUGUUCUGGGGAAGCACGAGUACUAGCAAAUGAAGUUGUUAAAGUGAUUCCUCUGGAUAGGGGACAGCACGUACAACUAAAGCAAGAGGUCAAAGAACCAAGGUUUGGUUGGCGGGGACAUUCACGUGAUACUAUAGGUACUGUUCUUUGUGUAGAUGAUGAUGGGAUCCUCCGCGUUGGUUUUCCAGGAGCUUCCAGAGGAUGGAAAGCUGACCCUGCAGAAAUGGAGAGAGUUGAAGAAUUUAAGGUUGGAGAUUGGGUUCGUAUCCGCCCAUCGCUUACCACUGCUAAACAUGGAUUAGGAUCUGUAACUCCUGGAAGCGUAGGUGUAGUAUACUGUAUCAGACCGGAUAACAGUCUCUUAUUGGAACUAAGCUAUCUACCUACUCCAUGGCAUUGUGAACCGGAGGAAGUUGAACCGGUUGAACCAUUUAGAAUUGGUGAUCGGGUUUGUGUGAAGCGGUCUGUAGCUGAGCCAAGAUAUGCUUGGGGUGGAGAAACUCAUCAUAGCGUUGGAAAGAUAUCCGACGUAGAAAGUGAUGGCCUUUUAAUAAUAGAAAUCCCCAACAGACCUAUCCCAUGGCAGGCUGAUCCUUCAGACAUGGAAAAGGUUGAAGAUUUUAAGGUCGGAGAUUGGGUUAGAGUAAAAGCUUCAGUGUCCUCCCCUAAAUAUGGAUGGGAGGAUAUAAACAGGACCAGCAUUGGUGUAAUUCAUAGUUUGGAAGAGGAUGGUGAUGUAGGAAUUGCUUUUUGCUUCAGGAGCAAACCUUUUUGCUGUUCAGUGACAGAUGUGGAGAAGGUUCUCCCUUUCGAAGUUGGACAAGAUAUCCAUGUGAUGCCAUCAGUUACUCAGCCUCGGCUUGGGUGGUCAAAUGAGACGCCAGCCACAGUUGGAAAAAUUGCAAGAAUUGACAUGGAUGGCACUUUAAAUGUUAAAGUCACUGGGAGACAUCAUUUGUGGAAAGUUUCUCCUGGAGAUGCUGAACGGCUUUCAGGUUUUGAGGUAGGUGAUUGGGUACGGUCAAAGCCAACAUUGGGUGUAAGACCAAGCUAUGACUGGAACAGUAUUGGGAAAGAUAGCUUAGCAGUUGUGCAUAGUGUACAGGAGACGGGAUAUUUGGAACUAGCUUGCUGUUUCCGGAAAGGAAAGUGGAUCACUCAUUAUUCAGAUGUUGAAAAGGUACAAGGAUUUAAAGUUGGACAGCAUGUCAGAUUCCGAGUUGGAUUAGUUGAACCAAGAUGGGGAUGGAGAGGGGCUCAGAUAGAUUCUCGGGGUGUUAUAACUUGUGUUAAUGCAGAUGGAGAAGUAAGGGUGGUAUUCUUUGGUUUGCAGGGAUUAUGGAGAGGGGAUCCAGCAGAUCUUGAAAUAGAGCAAAUGUUUGAUGUUGGAGAGUGGGUCAAAUUGAGAGAACAAGCUAGUUCCUGGAAGUCUAUUGUGCCAGGCAGCAUUGGAGUGGUUCAAGGGAUUGGAUGUGAAGGAAAUGAAUGGGAUGGAAAUGUUUUUGUUGGAUUUUGUGGAGAACAGGACCAGUGGGUAGGUCAUAUUACAGAUCUGGAAAGAGUUAGCAAGCUUCUUGUUGGGCAGCGCAUCAGGGUUAAGAACACAGUGAAGCAGCCAAGGUUUGGGUGGUCUGGACACAACCAUUCUAGUGUUGGUACCAUAACAUCUAUCGAUGCAGAUGGCAAGUUGAGAAUUUACGCACCUGCUGGUUCCAAAUCUUGGGCAUUGGAUCCUUCAGAAGUUGAUCAUGUGGAGGAAGACGAAUUGUGCAUAGGGAACUGGGUUAGAGUUAAAGCAACAGUAUCUAGCCCAACACAUCAUUGGGGAGAAGUUUGCCAUUCAAGCAUUGGGGUGGUGCACCGAAUAGAAGAUGAAGAUCUGUGGGUGGCAUUCUGCUUCAUGGAAAGGCUGUGGCUUUGCAAGGUGUGGGAAAUGGAAAAGGUGAAACCAUUUAAAGUGGGUGACAAGGUGAGGAUCAAAGAAGGGCUGGUGACUCCUCGAUGGGGAUGGGGGAUGGAAACGCAUGCAAGUAGAGGUGAGGUAGUUGGGGUGGAUGCAAAUGGAAAAUUGAGGAUUAAGUUUAAGUGGAGAGAAGGAAGGCCAUGGAUUGGAGACCCUGCAGAUAUUAUCCUAGAUGACAAUUCAUCUGAUAGUGGUACAACUAGCUCAUGAUGCCAAAUAUAUCUGUAAUAUCUCAAAAGUUGUAGCCUGAUGCAAUUAGCUCUUAUGUAUCUCAAGCUGCUGAGAGAGAAAGUAUGAAGAUGUUAAAAUUUACCAGAUUUUAAUACCUGCAGGGAAUGUGACAGGCAGAGCAUACCUUAAUGUUUAUAGGUGAGAAGUGGGAGGGUCAGAUGAGCUAGAAGCAGAUAAAGGAAGGCCCAAAUCCAUGAACCAUGGGCCAUUUUGUAAUUUACUGUAUCUAUCCAAGGUGGUUGUAAGUAUGCGUAUCAGAUACGGGUAUCCUUGUUAGUUUGUACAAAUUAUACCAUUUUAUUAUUUAUUUAAUUUACUUGUGCAUAUCGGUGAAUCCUUA